GUAUUUCAAAUGAACACGCACUGUGUAUUUGCAUUAGCCGCUAGUAUGCGUCGCGUCUGUGGGGUGGCGCGCCGGGUGCCAUCCGAUGUAAACACCAUGGCCGAUGAGUUGAAGAAGCACCUCAUCCAGCUCAUAUCCAGGGUCCAAGGUCUCCAGGCUAUUGUAUUCACAGACCGAGACGGUGUGCCUCUAAUAAAAGCUGCGACAGAUGGAGCACCUGAGCAUGCCUUGAGGCCCAGCUUUCUGGCAACAGUGGGCAUGGCCAUGUCCCAAGGUAACAAGCUUGGCCUGGGCAAGUGCAACAAGAUGAUUUCCUCUUAUGGCAACUAUCAGGUGGUGAGCUUCAACAGGCAUCCUGUGACCAUCACACUUGUUGCAAGCAGUUCAGCUAAUACCGGCAUGAUACUGAACCUUGAAGAGGAGCUAAAUACAGUUUCGCAAACACUGAGGAGCGUUGUUGAAGCUUCUUAAGCAUUAUAUAUAGGCAAAACGCUCCCAUCGUUGGUGUCAGUUUGGAUUGGCUGCACUGUCAUGCUUUAUUACGAUUUAUUAUGCGUUAUUGCUAAUAAAUAUCUUUGGCAGAACUUUUAAUAUUUCAGCAAAUC